GAGGAGAAAAUUACUCGAAAAUAAAUACAGAUGUUUGUGACGAAUUCCUCGAUAAUACAGUUAUACUCAUUAAGAUAAGGCCUGCUACAACUCAAUGAUGUAAUACAUGCUGUCAGCAUGGCUCUGAAAACAGUUGUUUUUCGAUUCAUACGACAAAAGGCACAACUAGUGAAUUAUGCUCCAAUAAUAUUGCAGUGUGGAAAAUACCACAAUAAUGGCGAAGAUAGGCGAGGGUUCAGAAAAAAACUUGCUAUUGUGUUAUUUGGAUCUGUACUUAUUGGAAAAACUCUGGGUGAUGAUGUCAUUAAAUCACAAAAUAACAUCAGCGAGAAGCGCACAAAAAAAGAUACCGUUGAGGAUAAAGAUGUAGUCAUCGAGGCUGGGGCUAAGCAACCAGGCUUACCCGUGUACAGUGCAGAAGAAGUUAGCAAGCAUGACUCCACUGACAGCUUUUGGGUGACAUACAAACACGGCGUAUAUGACGUCACAUCGUUCCUCCCCUCCCACCCGGGGGGAGAGCAGAUACUCAACGCAGCCGGCCUUAGUAUAGAACCCUUCUGGAACGUCUAUGGGAUGCAUAAAACUAAGGAGAUAUAUACACUGCUCGAGUCCUAUAGGAUAGGUAAUCUUCGAGAUGAAGACGUAGUGGACCACUCGGACGACGAGAUGUGGGUAAAGGAGCCCGUUCGAGACCGCAGGCUUAUCAUCAAGACAGCCAAGCCGUUCAACGCCGAGAUACCCAUGAAGCUGCAAGUGGAACACUUCGACACACCCAACGAGCUAUUCUACGUCCGUCAACACAUGCCCGUGCCCGAAGUCGAGGCCGAGACGCACAGACUCUGCAUCAACAUCGCGGGCCGCGACGACGCAGUCACAUUCACACUACAGGACCUGGCCAAGUUCCGGCAGGCGAGCGUGCGGGCCGCGCUUAUGUGCGCGGGGAAUAGGCGGAGCGAGAUGAAUAAGGUGAAACCAGUGAAAGGUCUGAGUUGGCAGGGCGGCGCCAUCAGCAACGCGGUCUGGAGUGGCGUGUAUUUGCGUGACGUGCUGAAACACUGCGGAGUGGAUAUGGAGAACACACAAGGGAAACACAUCAUAUUCACAGGUUCGGACAUAGACGCGACCGGCCACAACUUCAGUACAUCCAUCCCUCUCCACAUGGCCGUUGACCCCAGCUCGCGUAUAUUACUGGCUACGCACAUGAACGGCGCCGUGCUGCCGCCGGACCACGGGUACCCGCUGCGCGUGGUCGUGCCCGGCGCGCCCGCGGUGCGCAGCGUCAAGUGGCUUGAAUCCAUAACGAUAGGCGAGGACGAGAGCUCAUCCCACUGGCAUAAGCAAGACUACCGCUCCUUCAACCCGUCCAAGACUUGGGAGACCGCGGACUUUGCCACCGCACCGCCCGUGUAUAGUCUACCGGUGACGUCGGCUAUAUGCGACCCGGCGGACGGAGAAACGGUUAAGAUGAAGGAUGGCUGCAUAGAAAUCAGAGGGUACGCGUACUCCGGCGGCGGCGCAAAGAUCCUCCGCGUGGACUUAAGCACGGACCGAGGACAAUCAUGGGUGGAGGCCGAAUGUACGACAAGCGACGACGCGCCGCCGUACCACUACUCCUGGGCGCUCUGGACGGCGCGACUUCCAGCUAAGAGGGGAGAGAUGGAGCUAUGGGUGAAAGCGACCGACAGCAAUUUCAACACACAGCCGGAAAAGUUCGACGACAUUUGGAACAUCCGGGGCAUCCUCAGCAACGCCUACCAUAAAAUUAAGAUACAAGUAGACUGAUUACUCCCCUGAUUGAUUGUGAAAAAUUAACUUUAUACCUCAUAGAUAGAGUUUAUUUCUCUUAAUUAGGUAACUUAAAACAUACGUAACCACUACAAUGCACAGGAAAAGUUUAUUCAUUCGUGUCAUGCCACUUUGAACCUUGUGAAUAUAAAGGGAUAUCAUAUGACGCUCAUAAUAGUUGACUUUAUGAUAAGGUUCAAAAUGGUUCACUAUACUAUAAUAUCAUAGAUGUAGUACAUUGCCCUGUCUGCCCUACACCUAUCCACCUAAAGAUAAUUCAUAAUAAUUAUAUAAUUGGUAAUUUAAGCCUUGUAUUAAGGAAUACAGUUCCUACCAGUGGCGGCUUGUCCAUAAACGCCGAUUCCCACCGGCUUGCCUGUUUUUGGACGUUUGAGCAGAGUUAUAAAGGAAAUAUGUAAGCCAAAUUAGCCUCGGCUUGCCUAUGGAUAUGUUUGACGCGCGCCACUGGGUCCUACAGUUAUUUUAAACUUUAUUUCAAAGUGAUAGACCUCAAUUUAGCGUGAUAUCUGACACCUUCAAACUCGUUAAAGCGUUAAAUGUAAAAUAAAUACCAUUGAUAAAGAUAAACAGACAGACAAUACAUUAAGUUUGAGAGAAGCUUAUAUUUGCGUCUAUUGUCUGUAAUCAGAAUCGAGGGCAAGGCAACUGUCUAUAAAUAUGAUUGAAUGUAUUGCUCAUGCUAAGUACAUACUUAGGUACAUAUUUAUAAUGUUAACUUAUUUACUUUAUGAUUAAACAUGUUAUCAUAAUAAUACAAACAGCAACACUCCUAACUGUACAUCUGUGGACCUUAUUGCAAAAGGCAUAAGGUCCACUGAUGUACAGUUAACAGUGUGGUGUGGUACAAUGCAAAAUCUUAAAAUUAUGUUUUAACAAAUUAUUGUUACAACAUUACGUUAAACAUUUUUUUGUUCAACCAUUAGGUUGUUUAUGUUUAGUGGUUGUUAUAUUCUUACCCCCUUAU